GAUGUAACAUUAAGUAUGAACAGUAAUUCAAUAGAAGGCUGCGAUUCGAGCGUUGCUGUUGUGUUAGACGGAUUAAACAUUACUUCGGAGAUAUUGGCAGAAGACGCAGAGUAUUUCAACUUGUCACUCGGUGACGUUUCGAAUGAUUCUAUACACCAGAGAGUUACUUCUGCGCUGAAAGUUGGCAGCGUGCAGGAGUUGGUUAAUCCAGCGCCAAUACUUUCACUCAAAUGUGAUCACACUGCCGAGUCUCCUUUGCAUUCUCUUCUCGGUUUAUUUUACACCUCAAUGACGACAGACAUGCGAUCUGCAGGAAACAUCAGUCCUUCUCCAGCAAGUCGUUCCUUGAGUCGCAGUUCUAAUAUAUCUGUAUUAUCGACAGGUGCGGGCCAGCAGCCAGUAAUACACGAGCCAUUAGUUCGUCCGCAUCGAGCAUCGACGCCUGUCCUCACAAAACCUGGUGAACUACAAUUUGACAUCGGGAGUGAUUUAGACGGAUUGUGUAGUUUCAGUAUUGGUGACGACGAAGGUAAUAUGCAAACUUUGCAAUUCAUAACAAACGUGCCCAGUAAAGAAUCCUCAAUCUCCGAGCCAGAGGUGGCGGCUGCUUUUCGUGGCCAACAAACGAUGGACAUCCUGGCUGCUACUGGACAUUUAAACGAACGUCGAGAAGAGAAAGGAGGUUACGGCACCCCAAGUAGUUACGCAUCUGAACAAGAAAUGAAUCUGUAUUUCAAUAAUUCGGAACGAUCAACUCCAAACGUUUGCCGCGAAGAAGCCACGCCCUCAGAAAUUUUAAGUGCUGAGUUCAUUAGCGCACGUAGCAAUCCUAGUGAAUUUGAAACAGUAGCAGUGGCUUCGUUUGAACCUGAAAAACGACUGGCCGAACCGGGAUCAGUGUUGAAAAAAGCAUCCGAUAAAGUUGAGCUUACAAUUAAAAGAUUGGAAGACUUUACCAAUAACAUGUGCCAGGACAAUAAUGUAACGAGUUUAUUAUGUGGAGUGCAAAAAAGUGGAUCCCAUAGCGACGUACAUGGACAGUUGAACAAAAAUCUUUCGAACACGCGAAGAAAUUCAGACGGUUUGCUGGUGAAACGAAGAAAGCAAAAAAGCGAAGAUCGCUUGAUGAAAAUGCUACAAAUGGCGUCGGAUUCGGUUAUAGACAACGACAUCAGUAGCGCUUUAAUAUUAAACAUAACCACCCCAAACAAAAGAGAUAAAGAUGAAAACGAAAGAUCUGAACAACUGCAAGUUUUUGACGAGUUCCAGCAGUGCCUUCAGGAGUUUAACAGCGUUGAAAAAAAGCGACGCUUGCCUGAGGAAAGAGACACCGUUGUUGAGCAACGUACCAGCCCUGUUGAAUGCACAGUACAACAAAAUUACGCGGAAGUGACAGCUGAUAAUAAAGAUACAGAAAAGUAUGCCGAAAGCGGCCAACUCCUGAUUAGUGAUGACAGGUACCUGGCUGAAGCAAAGCAGUUAGUUGAAAGUUUGUUGUCAAGUUUUAAUGAUGAAAAUAACGAAUGUUCUCCAAUUGAAGAAUCUGCAAAAAGUUGUGUAAGUAUUACGGAACCAAUAGUUGAAAAGGAAACAGAUCAAGAACAAAGUUGUCCAAAACUUGUUGUGGAAGAUACGAUUAAAGCGGUGGAUGCUACAAAGCAAGAUGUCGAAUACAGCUAUACGAAUGAUUCACUUUCGUAUCUGGAUGAGGAUUCAUUACGAGAGUUGGCUAGCCGAGACGAAAUUCCUGAUUUGCCGACAUACAAAAUUACUGAAUAUGGGGGGCAAGACAAACGUGUAAAUGAAAACUCCAAUGUUUUGGGCAACACCGAUUGUGGCAAAGAAAAGAAAGCCGAUUCUCCGCAGUUUUGUCAAAUUACUGAGAUUUAUGUUGAAAAGAAUGUCCCAAGUAAUUCUUGUGAUAUCCCAAGUUCUGUAGUGGCUGAAACUGUUACAAAACCUUUAGAGCAGUUUCCCUCUGUAAUGUUCGACUCAGAUUUUGAUGAUACAGUCGGGGAUGCCGAUUUAUUGCCGAGAAUCUACCACCAAAGUGUUUACGAUGCCAAUAAAGGUAAAGAAACACCAACGAGUCAGUAUGUACAUAAUAAACAUCCUUUACUUGAAAUGGAAAACUGUGGUGAAACAAGUCCAGGCAAGCGGUGUGUUUCCCUUGCUGAACAAAACGCUGUCGUCAUACCAAACUGUGAAACAGAGGCCGAGCCGAGUUGCCAAGUUUUAAUUGAAUCGGAACAAUAUUUAGAAAACACUGAGCAUGAUUUGAAGCUUUUGUUACAUCCCGUAUCUCAGGAAAGCCGUAAAACGCGUCAAAGUUUACAAUAUAAUGAAAGAAAUAACGAUAAUUAUGCUGACGUUGUUGAUUUUACAGGAGAUAUUUCUCCCGAAAAAGAUCUCGCUUUUGUCGUAGAUUGUGGUUUGAAAGAAGCCAAUAUACCAAGUAUAGUUAUUACUUCGCCCAAGCCUGACAAAACGUCUUCGUAUGACUUCAAUAUGGCUCCAACUGACAGCAAGCAUGAACACAAAUCCGAUGCCAUUAGCCAUAAAGACAAAUAUGGCCACAGUAAGGUAAAGCAUCUGAAUGACACAUUUUCACACACAUUGGUUGAUUCUAAAUGUGUUGCUUCUCCCACCCCUGUUAAGAAAAAAACAACGAAAAAAUAUGAAGACAAAUACUCCGGCGUGAGCGCGUACAAUUUCUGUGACGAGUUUUGGGAAAAGUACAAUAUUUUGGAAAGUAAGAUUGACACGAUAUUGAAACCUACACCACCCAAAUAUAACCCUACAAAAACAUCGGUGAAAACAUUUGACACAGUAACCGUACAGGAAUCAGCAGACACAAAAGAAAAUUUUGAUAAAGUAAAGAGAAAAGUUUCAUUUAAUACAAACUCUCAAUUUUCUAAGGACACAACAACGCCCUUUAAUAUUCUAUCCACAAUCCCAUCAACAACCAACGUGUGGACGCCUCCAAACGUUCUUCGGCCUGCAGAGACGACUCAACAUUGCAAAACAAACCCAAUACACACAACAGAUGUUUUGAAUUGGCCUUUACACGACGACGACGAUGACGUUAUGACCCUUUCCAGAAACUUCCUUUCGUCGAUUGAAGAUCAAGACACACCAACCGAAGUUACAAAGUUGCCAUUGUCCGACCAAGUGACCGCGCUCACCGUAUCUUCGUCGCUGAGUUUCAUCAAAAGAAAUUUAAGGAACGAUAUUGAAGAAGUUCAUCAUAUGCAUGAUCAAGCCAAACGAAACGUGGAAAAACUGAACGAAAUAGAACGAGAUUCAAAAACCGAACUUGACAUUUUACCGGAAAGCCGUUCAAAGUCUACUUCGGGGAAACCGAGCGCUGAUCUUUUAAGAUAUUUAGAAGACUUGUAUGUAGAAAAAGAGCAAUUGCAGAAAAAGAUCGAGGUUUGCAACCGAGAUAGAGAAGACGCCGAAAAAGCUGCGAGAAAAGCAACGCAGGAUUUGAAACUUGAACGCGAAAAGGAGGAAACACGAUUUGACAACAUGAAGCAUAAAAGUGCAAACAAAAAGGACAUAAGAAAACGCGUGGACGAGUUCGAAAGCGCAAGCAAAACCACAACGGGCGACCUUGAGCGAGCCGAGUUCGAUCUGAAAUCAUUGGAGUGUGACCGAUUUUCCGGCCGUGUCGAUAACGAUCAUUCAUUGGUGGAUUUGAAAGCGGAUAAUUCAAACAUGCGGGAAAAGCUCGACCGAAUGCAUGAGAUCUCGGCCGAGAAUUUGCUUCUACAAUCUGACGUUGCAGAUUACCAGGCCGAGUUGACCGAAUUACGAACCGAGGCGAAAGAACUUCGGAAUAAAUGUUACGAAUUGUCCGAAGAAAACCGACAACAUAAAGCAGAAGUCCGUGACCUCCGUAGAUAUAUUGAUCUUCUUAAAGCGAAUAAAACAGGAGAUACCCGGCAAGACCUUCUAAGCAAGAUAGAAUAUUACCAAAUGGAGCACGACCGACUCCUUGAGGAAGUUCGAAGACUAAAACAUAGAUUAGGUGAUGUUUCCCCCAGAAGCCCUCGAAAUCGAAGUGCUUCCCCACGUCCUUCCUCCAGACAUAGUUUCGUAUCUUCUGUUAGUCCAUCCAAGCAAAACGUUCGUUUUUCAACAUCACGGGACCGAGCUAGGUCCCCGGUCACAGAUGCGAUGGCCGCAAGCACCGCCUCCUCCCUAGCAGCAUCCAGACUCACUAAGGAUCGGAGUAUUUCACCAUCCGCGGCUCUUAACAUCAGAGAUCUUACCAUGGAAAGAUACAACCAACACAUGGAUGGUCCAGACUCUCCGCGGUCGAUUGAUAGCGAUUGUACCGAAGUUCUUCUCAAACCAAUGGGAAGCCAAGUGAACGGCUCUACAGCGCCACUCAGCGGAGUAAGGUCUGUGAAUAGCGAUGACGAUGAUGACGUCGAAUUAAGCGUUCAUAUAAAGAAAAGAAACGGCAGGGCAACCGAUUCUUCUGGGUCAUACCGUGGGUCUAGGACCGAGAACUGCUCCCCAAAACGAAGGUCGUGCAGUCCUGCUUGUUCUGCUGGCUUUAGAUCGGUUAGUCCAAAAUUAUCCUCAAGUCAAAAAGAAGUGAAAGACAGUGCAAGAGAUCGUUACCCCACCAUGGUAAAACGAAGCUUACCAAGAAGAGCAUUCGCCCCACGAUCCCCAGGCGAUCUUAUGCUGGGUUAUUGCAUUAAAUUCACCAGACCAGGAGGCAAACUUAGCAGGGGCACAGUACGUUAUAUCGGCCACCUACCAACCAGGGAUGAAAUAUUUGUUGGCGUUGAAUUAGACGGUUACGAUGGAAAACACUCAGGUACAUUUCAAGGAACGAAGUAUUUUACAUGCUCCCCGAACAAAGGCAUUUUCACUCCGUUCAGCAAAGUGAUAAUGGCAUGGGAAUAACCGUUCAACAGCGCCCCACUUAUAUAAUUCUAAUGAAUUCGAAUCGAAGUAUAUUUCAAUACCUUGUUAUAUUUUCACUUAUAUUUGUAUUUCAUUACACAACAUAUUGACAUGAUAUAAUCUGCACAUCACGUUAGUUUAGAUGUCAUAACACUAAUUGCAACUUAAACAUUACCACUAAACAACAUGUAUAUAAUUAACAUUAUAAUGCUAAAACUAACCACUAAUAGUUCGUAGUAAUUCAACUCUACCUCGAGUUAAUGCGGCAGAACCUUUUAAUCUUUUAUCCCAAACAAAAAGAAAAGGAAAGUAUACGGAAAAUUAAAAUAAUGUUAUAAUGUAAAAUGAAAUGCCCAAAUUGUAAUUCCGUCUUCUUUCGUGUGGCGAGUCAAACCACAUUCAAAAUGGUUUGCGUCGUAUUAGAUUCAGGUUAGCGCAACCUGCUUAAAUUCUUUUACGUACUUUGUUUUUGUUUCGCUAAAAUUGAAACAAUUUUAAUGUUACUGAGCGUCAUGUUACUGCAUUUAGUUGCAGUCUAUGAAACUAUCAUAAGAAACAUUCGAAAUCAGGUUAAAGCAUUAAGCUAGUAAACAAGUUUUCGUUUUUGCCAAAAAACAUUAUUUUUUUAACCUUAUUUGCCAACAUGUUCGUCAAUAACUUUCAACAACCAACGUUGUUAUUGUGCUUCCAAAUUUUCUCUUAUGCUUUGCUUUUGCUAGGAUGUGUCAAAAGUCUUGUAGUUUCUUUUUCGUCUCGGGUUUAAAUCAAGGCAAGCACACUGUGAAUAAGUAAAAUUAACAAGUAGUAACUUAGAAAACUAACAAAAUACCCCAACCAAGAGUAGAGCAUAGCGAAAUAUAGGCUAUUCGCAUGGUAUCAGUUGAAUGUAUAUCAUACACUCUUGUUUUGAGUUCUUUUUAAAUCCGUUUUUUUUUCGUCGUAGUAUUUUAAUGACAAUUUAUCUUUUUAAAUCUUUAUAUUUUGUGAAAUAAUUUUGUAGAGAAAAAGUUCUAUAUAUUGUUUUAUAAACGAAUAUAAGCUACAUAUACAGCU